GGAUACUAGUCCCGCGGCUCAUUUAAUGAACAUAUCCAGCUGAUUGCCUUGUCUUCGUGUCUUAUUCGUAAACAACGGAGGUCCUCAGCUCGCACCUUAGGACAGGAUUAUAUUGGAAAAAUAGUGAGUAAGCUCCUUUUUGCGGAUCGGUUCAGAGUUGGACACCCGAAUUCGAUUUAUGCUCAUCAAACACAAUGUUGCAACCAGCAACCCUUAAAUUUACCAAUCCUCUCUAUGGCCAACUGAUUGUUGGCCCGCCGGGAAGUGGAAAAACAACGUAUUGUCAAAAUGCCUUCAAGUUCUACAAGGAAUUGGGCCGGCAAGUGGGUAUUGUGAAUCUCGAUCCGGCCAAUGAAAAUAUGGAUUACACAGCCUGUAUAGAUGUCAUGGAAUUGAUUACAGUACAAGAUGUAAUGGACAACAUGCAUUUGGGUCCCAAUGGCGCUCUAAUGUAUUGUGCCGAAUAUCUAGAGGAACAUCUUGAAGAUUGGCUUUUACCAAAUUUAAGGAAAAAAUCAGCUGAAUGUCGUUAUUUCCUUUUCGAUUGUCCAGGACAAGUAGAACUGUACACCCACCAUGCCUCCAUGUCGAGAAUAUUUGAACGUUUGGAAAGGGAAGGUUAUCAUUUGGUGACAGUGAAUUUAAUUGAUUCCCAUUAUUGUUCGGAGCCGAGUAAAUUUGUUUCCACCUUGUUGUUGGCCUUGAAUAUGAUGUUGCGUAUGGGUCUGCCGCAUGUGAAUGUCUUGUCCAAAGCUGAUUUGCUGAAACAGCACGAAGAUAAGUUGCAUUUCAGUUUGGAUUUCUAUACAGAUGUAUUGGAUUUGAAAUAUUUACUGGAAGUCUUGGAUGAUACACCUUCUUUGAAACGUUAUAAGAAAUUAAAUGCUGCCAUUUGUUCCAUGGUAGAGGAUUAUGCUUUGGUCUCAUUUCACCUGUUAGAUUCUCGCAGCACCGAGAGUAUGUUGCGUUUAAGAAAUCAUUUGGACAAAGCGAAUGGUUAUAUUUAUAAGGCGGGCGAGGAACAAAGUGUAAAUGCCUUGAUGGCAUGUGCUGUCGGUGCCGAGCCUGAAACGCUGCGGCAAAGUAAGGAUAUUGAUCCAUAUGUGUAGUUUGUAUUGAAAAAACGUUGAGUGUAGUCAUAUCAUUUUAGAAAUAAAAAAAAUAAGAAAUUCGAAAUAAA